ACCUUUGCAGUGAGUGGAGGAAGGCGGAGAGGAGGCUUGUGUCCCAGCCUUUCUCCCUCCUGGUUAACUAGACAUGUGAUUAGCAUUGCUGUCUGCUACUUAGUUUGCCCUCCAGCCAGUGUGCUCUGCCUUCGGAGGAAAAUACUGCCUGCAGCUACUCUCACAACACCAAGCCCAGCACAGGCUGCCAGCUCCCAGGCUCAGCCUCACCAUCAUGCCUGGCACCACAGCAGGCAAGAAGCUGGAUCUCUCCAAGCUCACAGACCAGGAGGCCAGACAUGUUUGGGAAGUCGUCCAGCGAGAUUUCGACUUGAGGAAGAAGGAGGAGGACAGACUGGGAGACCUAAAGACAAAGAUUGAAAAAGAGGACACCAAGAGAAAGUUGUUGGGGAACCAGAGCAGUCUGAGUGAGUCUCACUGUAUUCGCUGUCUGGAGCCCUUCAAGUUCCUGGUGAACAGCAGGCGUCAGUGUCUGGACUGCCAGCUGCACGUCUGCAAGUCCUGCAGCCUGUACAACAAGAAGGAGCACGGCUGGGUGUGUGACCCCUGCCGCAUGGCCAGGGUCCUCAAGAUCGGUACUUUGGAGUGGUACCACGAAAAUGUGCGUGCCCGCUUCAAGCGCUUUGGCAGUGCAAAGGUGAUGAGAUCACUCUUCAAGAGGUUGAGCGGGGACCACAGUGGCUCUCAGAAUGACUUAGAAGACCCUCAUGGAUAUGAUACACAGAGCAUACCUGAGGUCCACACAGAUGGAUAUGAGGAGCACAGUAUGGACGCUCCAGAAUCACCGCGCUACAAGGAGGCCCCAGUCUCCCAGGAUCUGAUGGAUGGGGGGGGGAGGGAGUCCAUGCUUGCUGAGGCGGACAUGGCGUCUGUUUUUCACCAGAUUUUGGAUGAGAAGCGCAAAGGUCUGGACCUGAGGAUGGCUCCACAGCAAGAUGACCUUGGGUACCCGGAGAGCCAAACUAUUCCCUCUCGCUCCAUGUCCCAGCUCAGCUACUCCUCGUGUGGCAGUGGCAGUGCAUGGGGCCCUCAGGGCAGCUAUCUGCCCGGCCCUGAAGACUCCGAGGAGGACGACCAGCUCUACCCCCUCUACCAGUCCCAUCUGGGCCCCUGCAGCCACACCUCCCAGGAGAGCCUGAACACACCAAACGCCCCACCACAGAUCACUGACCUGAACAGACGUGUGUCAGCCAUUGAGAACCUCUUAAACCACUUAGAGCAGAAUGUCACCUCCACAUACGAUGAGGCGAGCGAGGGUCCUCAGACUCCGAGCAGCUCCUCUCCUCCUCCUCAGUGUGAGGACGUGGACCUGGAGGAGCAGCAGCUGAGGCUGAAGCUGCACCAGAUGACGGACAACAUCAGCGACCACAGCCUGAGCUCUGACGAAGACGAGCCCAGCAGGCCACUGUCCUCCCAGGACAUCCCAGCAUGGAGGAGCCACGAGGCGGACACCAAGCCCACCAGAAUACCUACCAGACCCCCGUCCAGAAGCAGCAUCAUCCUGUGCAGACUGGAGGAGGAGCAGCCUCAGCUCACCGAUUCUCAGAAGACCCCCCCCCUGGAGAACGGGUCCCAGACGGGCUUCAGAGGCUCCACAGCCCUCCUGGUUGAGCUGGAGGACAAAGUAGCUCAGGCAGCUGCCAACGUGCAGAACGCUCAGAGCGAGGUCUCCUACAUAGAGAACAGGAUCGCUGCCCUGAACGCUGCCGGCAUGCCCGUGGACAAAAGAAGACGGUCUGCUAUCCCGGUCCAAGUGAGAAGACUUUCCCACCAUGUUCCCACAAGCCAGGUGGAGAGGUUUGUGAGGAACUCCCUCUACAGGGGCUCCCUGACACAGAGGAACCCCGUGGCUAAGCCCCAAACCAAGGCUACCUGUGCGAAACCAGUGAUGACACAGGGACAAUGAGGAGGAGGCUGAGCAUCAUGUGACCACAUAUAUAUAUAUAUUUAAAAUGUUUCCUUGUGAUAUUGUUGUUUUAUCUUACUGUGAUAUACUGUAUCCAUACCAUAUUUAUAGUAAACUGUUAGUAUGUGCACGUCUUUGGCUGGACUUUGAUUUGUACGCACAUUAAUGCAUUCAACUGUGCUGUUUUAAUCUCAAAUCUAGAUAUGAGUUAUGUGUUUACAUGAAAACAUACACAAAUAUAUUUAUACAUACAUAAAAUAAACAUUUUAAAUGGUGUUGUUUGCAGAAGGUCCAAAAAAUGUGCAAUACCAAACUACAAAUCUAGUUUGAGAUUGUUUUUCAGUUUUUACAUUUUGUGAUGUUUUCAUACAAAGUAGCUUGUUUCUUAUUAUUAGGAGUAAGGUUAUUACAGUUAUUGUGGUGUAUAUCAAUCCAAUACUUAUUGUGCUUUAUGCACUUCCUACUGUGCAUUGUGACAAGAUCUAAAAGGAAUUCAUUGUAUGUUUUCUGUUCUCUAUACAGUAUAUGGAUGCCAGAUUAAAUGGACGUUAACUACUUCUAUAUGAUCAGUAGUUUUAUAUGAGCCUGCAUGUCGUCUCUCUCCACUUUAUCUUAUUUAUGUCCUUCACAAAAAAUAUUCUAAAAUUGGGAUUUAUUUUUGUUCUUGUUUAUAAUUUAACAAUGUUUUUCUGAUAUUUAGUGAAAUAAAAAUGCAAACAACAAGCAAAGAACUAUAUAAAAUCAGUAACACAUAGUAUACACAUUUGACAUAAAUAAAUCAUACAUUAUUUUCUUUACACUGUUUGAACAUAGAGAUUGGUGACAAAAAUAUAUAAAAUAGUACUUUAAUUUUUUUCAUUUCAUUUUUUUGUUAAAACAUCACUCUAAUUAUAUGUGUAAAUCUAGUAACACUGUUUGUCUCACUAGUCUUAUUAAAUUGUUUACAA